AUGAGGGCAUACUGGUACGACAACCAAGAGGGCGACCAGCGCCUCACGCACGACUCAGGUCGUGAAGUCCCCGAGCCAUACCUCGCCAGUCUGGGAGUCUUGUAUUAUCACUGCCCCGAUGUGUCGACAGUCGACCAGAUCGCCAAAGAUCGCCACUAUAAAAACCGUGAUGAAAUCACCGUCUCCCCUGGCGCAAUGGGUGAGAUCUACGAAGACAAAGUGAAGUCGUUCUUCCACGAACACCUGCACGAAGACGAGGAGAUCAGAUACAUUCGUGAUGGUGCAGGCUACUUCGACGUUAGAAGCAAAGAUGACGCCUGGGUGCGCAUAAGGCUAGUGAAGGAUGACUUGAUCGUUCUGCCUGCUGGCAUCUACCACCGUUUUACCACUGAUGAGAACAAUUAUAUUAAGGCCGUACGAUUGUUCCAGGAUGAGCCCAAGUGGACGCCCUUGAAUCGGGGUCCCGACACGGAUGUCAACAUUCACCGGAAGAGUUACCUGCAGACAACAGCCAGUGCGCCAGUCUCUGUGGCUUAA